AGAAAUUGGGCAGUCCUUCCUGGCCCCCAUUUCUCAUUUUCUAUCAUAGAAUUCGACACAGUACUCUGCUAGCCCUAAAAAUCAACCUUAAAUUUAAAGUUUUAAACCCUUGGAAGGAAGAAAAACCUCAGAUCUCCCAAGUUUGUGUCCCAAUCUUGGAAAAUCAUCCCAACAAUGUCUCCAUCUCCGAAAAUUCUGACAUCCAUAACUUUAUUCGGUACUCUGCUUCUUCUCCCUCUCUUAGUCGCCUCUUCCUUACAUGAUCUCCUUCAGAGUCAAGGCUUGCCUGUUGGUCUUUUCCCAGACAAUGUUAAAUCCUAUAAAUUUGACCCUGAUGAUGGUCGCCUUGAAGUGCACCUGGAAACCCCAUGCAUGGCCAAGUUUGAUGGGAGGGUACACUUUGACCGUGUGGUCACAGCUAAUCUUAGCUAUGGUGGACUUGUGGGACUUGAAGGCCUCUCUCAGGAAGAGCUGUUUGUGUGGUUUAAUGUUAAAGGUAUCACUGUUAAUGAUCCUUCUUCUGGCCUUAUUCUGUUUGAUAUCGGGGUUGCCCAUAAACAACUUUCCCUUUCCCUCUUUGAAGAUCCUCCUGUUUGCAAGCGUCAAGGAGUUCUGGCGGAAAUUCUUGGAAGGAAGAAGAUGGGAUUUCAAGUUCAGAGAUGAUUUGUUCCAUUGCUUCAUUUUCAAGAGAGAUUUUGUUUUUCUUUUUUUCUUUUUUUUUUCUUUCCAAAACAAGAUGGGGAAAAUGAGUUUGUAUUGUAGAUGGUAUAUGUGGAGAUGAAUGUAAAGAUGGGAAAUGGAAGAUAAGAUUUUGCAAUCAAGUGACAAAUUUUGGGAGUUCAUAAA